GAUUUUGCUUGUGUCUCACAAGAAAGAACAUUUGCUGAAUUGCAUGUCAAGUUUGACCAAUACAAAAUGUUUGCUAUUAGAUAUUUCUUUCUUGUAUUAUGGAUCUGCUUUACUGCUGUGGUCAAGGCACAGAAUGAAAAAACAUGCCCAAGACCUGCUUUGGAUAAUGGAUAUCUCAUACCUGACAAACAAUAUUAUGAUAAAGGUUCUUCCAUUCAUUACGCUUGCAAUCCAGGUUAUAAAUCUUCAAACGUGGGAUGGUGGGGAGAAUUGACAUGCGAAUAUGGUGUGUGGUCAGCUGUCCCACAGUGCAUUGCAACUGGUCAACCAUGCACUGCUCCUCCUCGCGUAGAACACGCAGUAAUUACAGCAAGAUAUCAGUGUGAAUAUGGUCAUCUUUCUAGAGUGCAAUACAAAUGUGACGAAAAGUACAGGAUGAAGGGGGAAGAAGAAGUUAUCUGCUCUGAUGGAACUUGGAGCACCAGUCCACAAUGCUUGCAUUACUGUGAUGUACCUACACUAUCAAAUGGGGUCAUUUUAAGGCAGCAAAACACAUACAGAAGUGAUGAAAAACUACAGUUUCUGUGCUAUUUUCCAUUCAUGCCAACAAAUGAUGGCAGUGUCACUUGCAAGAAUGGACAGUGGGAUGGACCAGUGGAAUGUAGACCGUCAAAAUGUGGAAAGCCAGAGGUCCAAAUCAACAAUGCAGAGCUUAAGCCUUCCCUGACAGAAAUAUUUGAAAAUGGAUCAAGAGUGGAAUAUCAAUGUAAGGCAACAUUUAUCCCCAAAGGUGAAACCAUAGCAAUAUGUAAAUAUGGACAGUGGGAAUAUCCAUAUUGUGUUCAAAAUGAUUACUGUGAACUACCUACACUGUCACAUGGGGCAAUCUUAACCAAACACGAACCAUACAGGAAUGAUGAAAAACUACAGUUUAAGUGCUAUGCUCCAUACAUGCCAACAAAUGAUGGCAGUGUCACUUGCAAGAAUGGACAGUGGGAUGGACCAGUGGAAUGCAGAGCUCGAAAUGUACCAUGCGGACCACCACCAGUACCGGACCAUGGAGAUAUAAAAGAAAAAAAGAUGGAAGGUGGUGUAAUUAAACAGGUCACCUAUCAGUGUCAAAGAAAUUAUAAGCUGAAAGAAUCAACCCCAGUAAAAUGCCAGCAGGGACAAUGGACACCAACUCCGAUAUGUUUAAGUCCUUGUGUGAUAGUAAAUAUUGACCCAAGGUAUAACCUUGCACAGCCAACUCAAACAAUAUAUAUUGAAGAGGGGAAAGAGGAGAAACUUCGUUGCAAAAGAGAUUAUUAUUAUAGGCCUGGUUGGAAUUAUUACUACGAAGCACCUGCAAGUUGCCGUAAUGGACAAGUACAAUUCAAAGCAUGUGAACAAUACUGAGGCAAGGCAUAGGUCAUGGACUUUACGCCAUCCACUUGAAAUGAAGACACCGUCACAAGAACAUUAUGCAGUUGUUUAUUGUAAACAAAUAACAUCAAAUGUAUAAUAUGUAUCCAUUGUCAUAUUCUUCUUAAAAGAAUCGUCUGUAUCUAUAUAUAAGUGUAAAGUAGAAGAAAAAAUACUUCACUUUACUAAGUAAAACAUUUGUUCGUA